AGCAGAUAGCACGUUGGAACCCAGAAACCAUCCACACCGGGCCCGACCCUCGUGCGGCGGGGCGACACCCGACCAUCGGGUGUCGCGUCGGAGCUCGAUGGUCCGGUCGACGGCGUGGACGGGGACACCAUCAGUUGUCGCCGCGGCGCCCGAUGGUGCCAAGCAAGAAACCAUCCAUGCGGAGAAGGAGGAGGAGGAGGAUGGCAAGGAGGAAGACCAGGAGGAGGAAGAGGAUGACGAGGAGGAGGAGGAGGAGGAGGGUGGCGAGGAGGAGGACGACGAAGAGGAGGACAAGGAGGAAGAGAAUGAGGAUCACGAGGGGGAGGUGAAAAAAGACGAGGCGGAGGAGAACGAGGAGGAGAGGGAGGAGGGGGAGGACCAGGAGAGGAGGAGGCGGCGAAAGGGGGGUUUGCCAUUCGGAUUUUUGUACUUCAAGGAGGAGAAUGAGGAGGAGGAUGGCGAAGAGGAGGAGGAGGGUGGCGAAGACGAGGAGGAGGAAGAGGAGGAGGAGGAGAAGGAGGAGGAUGGCGAGGAGGAAGACGAGGAGGGGGAGGAGGAGGAGGAGGAGGGGGAGGAGSAGGAGGAGGAGAAGGAGGAGGAGGAGGAGGAUGGCGAGGAGGAGGAGGAGGAGGAUGGUGAGGACGAGGCAGAGGAAAAUGAGGAGGAGAGGGAGGAUGGGGAGGACCAGGAGAGGCGGAAAAAAAAAACGGAGAGGGAGGAGGUGGAGGAGGAGGAUGGCAAAGAGGAGGAGGAGGAGGAGGAGGAGGAGGAGGAGGAGGAGGACGAGGAGGAGGAUGGCGAAGAGGAGGAGGAGGAGGAGGAUGGCGAGGAGAAAGACGAGGAGGAGGAGAAGAAGGAGGAGGAGGAGGAGGAGGAGGAUGGCGAGGAGGAGGACGCGGAGGAUGGUGAGGACGAGGUGAAGGAGAACAAGGAGGAGAGGGAGGAGGGGGAGGACCAUGAGAGGAGGAGGCGAGUUGAAGGAGGAGGGUGGCGAAGAGGAGGAGGAGGAGGGCGAGGAGGAGGAUGGCGAAGAGGAGGAGCAGGAGGAUGGCGAGGAGGAAGACGAGGAGGAGGAGGAGGAGGAGGAGGAGGAGGAUGGCGAGGAGGAGGAGGAGGAUGGCGAGGACAAGGCGGAGGAGAACAAGUAGGAGAGGGAGGAGGGGGAGGACCAGGAGAGGAGGAGGCGGCGAAAGGGGGGAAGGAGGAUGAUGAGGAGGAGGAUGGCGAAGAGGAGGAGGAGGAGGAGGAGGAGGAGGAGGAGGAGGAUUGCGAGGAGGAAGACGAGGAGGAGGAGGAGGAGGAGGAGGAUGGCAAGGACGAGGAGGAGGAGGAGGAGGAUGGCAAGGACGAGGAGGAGGAGGAUGGCGAGGACGAUGCGGAGGAGAACGAGGAGGAGAGGGAGGAUGGGCCGGAUGGUCGGAUUGUAGAAUUGCUAGAAGGCGGGAUGGUCGGGUGGCAGGAUGGUCAGCUGCCUGGCUGGUCGGAUGGUCGGGUGGUGGGAUGGGAGGAUGGGAGGAUGGGAGGAUGGGAGGAUGGCAGAAUGGCGAAAUCGCAAGAUGGGAGGAUGGUCGGGCGGCAGGAUGGCAGGAUGGCAGGGUUGCAGGAUGGCAGGAUGGCAGGACGGUUAGGCUGGUCAGAUGGCACGACUGUAGAAGGCGGGAUGGUCGGACGGCCGAAUUGUGGAAUUGCUAGAAGGCGGGAUGGUCCGGUGGUCGGGUGGCAGGAUGGUCAUCUGCUCGGCUGGUCGGAUGGUAGGGUGGUGGGAUGGAAGGAUGGGAGGAUGGGAGGAUCGGAGGAUGGGAGGAUGGCAAGAUGGCAGAAUGGCGGAAUGGCAAGAUGCGAGGAUGGUCGGGCGGCAGGAUGGUUCAGGGUUCACGUUUGUCUGGUCGGAUGGCAUGAUGGUUGGAAAGACGAAUGGUCGGAUGGUCAGAUUGUGAAAUUGCUAGAAGGCGGGAUGGUCGGGUGGCAGGAUGGUCAGCUGCCCGGCUGGUCGGAUGGUAGGGUGGUGGGAUGGGAGGAUGGGAGGAUGGGAGGAUGGGAGGAUGGGAGGAUGGGAGGAUGGGAGGAUGGCAGAAUGACGGAAUGGCAAGAGGGGAGGAUGGUCGGGUGGCAGGAUGGCAGGAUGGCAGGGUUGCAGGAUGGAAGGAUGGCAGGACGGUCGGGUCGAGCGUUGAAGCUCGAUCAUCAUAUCGUGGGGUGUGGCGUUGCAGCCCGACCAUCGGAUGGUAGGGUGUCACGUUGAAGCCCCGCCAUCGAAUGGUAGGGUGUCGCGUUGAAGCCCCGCCAUCGGAUGGUAGGGUGUCGCGUUGGAGCCCGGGCAUCGG